AUGAAGCUCACUGCAUGGUGCCUGAGGCGGAGACGGGAAAGUGGUGGUUGGAGGUAAAGCUUUGUCAGUAAUGAUGUAGUACAGUUGGGAGAGAGAGGGAAGAGGGAGAGAGAGAGAGAGAGAGAGAGAGAGAGAGAGAGAGAGAGAGAGAGAGAGAGAGAGAGAGAGAGGCUGUAUUCAGGAUCAGACACAGACCUAAGGCUAGAGAGGAAGAUGAUAUUCUACUACACCCUCACUCGAUACCCUUCUCGACCAGGCUAUCUCUAAUAGCUACAGUGUGACCAGGCUAGCCCCGGCAGAAACCCCCUCCAGGCUAGCUCUGAUAAGCCCCAGCAGACCCCACCUCUCCCCCCUGCAGCGACCGAAUGGAGCUGAUAUCAUCCUGUCAUUUCCCCCGCUGCUGCUCUGAACAUGGUGCCGGACAUUAUUACUGGUGGCUCAGUGUGACUACGGAGGCUGGUGGCCGUUACUCAUCGUCCAGCUGAAGGAUUAAUGGUCGUGGCCCGCGUAGACGCAGGUCAUUACCUUACCGGGGAUACGAACUUUAAACUGGCCUAAUCUGCCCGGACCAACAGGCUCUGUAUGGCACGCCACUGAAGUGACUUCACAGGGAGGGGAGUAGAGAGGGAGGGAGGGACAGAGAGGAAAAGAGUGGAAUAGGGGAAAGGGAAGAAGGGAAGGAUAAAAACAAUGAGAGGGAGGAGUGAAAGAAGGUCUGAAUCAGAGAGCUAUAGAGAAUUCAGAGAUGGAUGAAGGGGGGAUAGAGAGAACGAGAGACGGAAGGACUGACUCAGAGAGCGAUCGAGAGAACAGGGAGGAAAGGCUAAUCCUUCAGAGGAGUGGUGGAGAUAGAGAGAGAGAGAGAGAGAGAGAGAGAGAGAGAGAGAGAGAGAGAGAGAGAGAGGAGAGAGAGAGAGAGACGAGAGAGAGAGAGAGAACUUGAAAUUGAAUUGAGAGAGAGAGAGAGAGAGAGAGAGAGAGAGAGAGAGAGGAGAGAGAGAGAGAGAGAGAGAGAGGAGAGAGAGAGAGAGAUAGCUCGACUUUGGAAUUGACUGGAUUGAUAGAGAAGAGAGAGAGAGAUAGAUCGAGAGAGAGAGAGAUGAGAGAGCGAUAGGCAGAGCGAGUUAGAGAGAGAGAGAGAGAGAGAGAGAGAGAUAGGUUAAAGAGUCAGGAGCUGCAGUUUAGGCCCAGUGCUCUAGGGAGAUCUCACAGAAAGCUUACUGUACAGGAUAGCAGGGGUUAGGUCAGAAUGGAGAUGAUUCAGCUAACAUCACAACUCUGUUGUUGGGUUACUGUAGUUGUACUGUUUGUGCACUAUUGUGGGUACUGUAUCAGUCCAGACACAACUAAUCAUGCACAAACACACGCUAGGCUAGGCAUUAUCGGCCUAGUUUUGUUUGAUGUAGAUAUCAUGAUGUCUGCCAUUUUCAUACAGCAUCUAGGAAUUCUCUGUAUUGUAUGAUCACAUGUACAGAAACACAUUGAAAAAGCUCCAUUCAUUUUUUAAACUGAAUAUUUUGUGCACAGUAGUUAAACAAUUCUGAUGGGAUUUGGAACAUUCCUCGCAAACUUCAGUAGUAGGAGACAGUGUCAGAUCCCACCAUCAAACACAGAGAUGCAGCAGACUACACCAUGGGGGACAAACCCCCCACACACACACCCUCGAAACAAAACAUACAAACGCAUAUACGACACGCAUUCACAUUGGGAGAACGAAACCCAAACUCUUUUAAGGCAACAAUGGGGAGCACUCAUUUUACAUUGCCUUUACUGAACGACUUUGACAACAGAAUACAUUUUUUUGAACAUUUCCUGAAUGUUCCCCUAAAACGGUUGUUAUUGUUCUUUUCACUCAUUCUGCAGACGAGACAUAUUGGAAAUGUCAAGCACAUUACGGAGGCUGACUGCAUGACUGGGACGAUUCAGAGGGAUAAUUCUGGGAAGUUACAGGAGGAGUCAAAUCAGUGUGUUUGUGUGUAUGUGUGUGUGUGUGUGUGUGUUUGUGUGUCAAAUCACAGGACAUGGCAGAUCAGUAACAGCACAGUACAGCAUGCUGCCUUCUGGCUCCUGCUACCAGUAAGAUACUGUACAGGAGGAUAUAGUGACCUAGCACUUUUUAUGACUCACCUGCCCUAAUUUUAGGUCUGUGAGAGUUUGUGGAAGGUGUAUGGUGACAUGUGAGGUGAGUGGGUGAGUAUGUGAAAGUAUGGGGAGUUUAUGGGGAGGGUGUGAGAGAGUUUUUGUCCUACCUGCGUUCGUUGGCAACAGGCCCCUUGUGUGUGGGUGUGUGUAUGUGGAUGUGUGUGUGUGUGUGUGUGUGCGUGUGCGCGUGUGUGUGUGCGUGUGUGUGUGUGUGCAUGUCUGGUGGCAGUGCCAGACCCAUCAGGCCCAUCAGCCUGCCUAAUGGCUGGGGGACUACUGAGUCGUUUGUGUGUGUGUGUGUGUGUGUGUGUACUGCGUUCAUCCUGCGUUCAUCCACCUCUGGCCUGCUGGCCCCCCUACCUCUGCGGAAGCACAGUUCCCGCUCAGCCCAGUCAAAACUGUUAGCUGCUCUGGCACCCCAAUGGUGGAACAAGCUCCCUCACGACGCCAGGACAGCGGAGUCACUCACCACCUUCCGGAGACACUUGAAACCCCACCUCUUUAAGGAAUACCUGGGAUAGGAUAAAGUAAUCCUUCCACCCCCCCUUACCCCACCCCAAAGAGAGAAAAAAAUAACAUAUUGUAAAGUGGUUGUCCCACUGGCUAUCAUAAGGUGAAUGCACCAAUUUGUAAGUCGCUCUGGAUAAGAGCGUCUGCUAAAUGACGAAAAUGUUAAAAAAUGUCAUGUGAUUCAGAGAAACAGAUGUAUGUCAUCCUCACUUCUAUCACACUGAUAAUGUAGUGAUACACCUGGGACAGCAGCAGAGAGACAAUGCUGCUACACUAUCCGGCUGUGACAAGACAGAACAGAACAGAUCAGAACUGCACAAAGAGAGCAGAACUGGAACCACAGUGUAGCACAUCACAAAUGUCAGACCUGUGAGAGUAAAGGACAAGAAACACUAUAACGAACGUCGGCCAUGCCCAGACUUAUUGUGCUGUCACGUCACUCUGUCUCACACAGAGUCGUCUGGGGACGUGUGUCCACAACCUGUGGUAGAGAUCUAGUUAAUAGGCCAACUGAGCAAAAUAUAGCCACUCAUAAUUAGAUCAUGUUGAUUUAGAAGGCAAUAUGAAAUGAGGCUGAAUUAAAGAUGCUAAGCGGAUUUGAGAAAAACUCUUAGCUUGUUUACCAUGACUUGUUGUUGUGUGAGUUUUAACUUGGGGAUUGGACUUGUUUUCACCCUGUACUGAAUGUUGAAGGCUUUCCUUACAUAAGGAGUGAGAGCAGACCCAGUGAGUCCAUUAGACAAGAUCAAUGCUAUCUCAAUCAGAGGAUUAACAUUAGCUUUAACGACAGGAAAUACUGUUGGAUUUGAAGAUAGUGGGCUUGAGGGAGAUGCGUUGAUUACUAUAAUUAAUGAACAAUUGAUUCUGUUACAAUUACUGUUAUUAUAGGGAUUAUUUUUGUUGGUUCGCCAGUAAGCUGUGUUCUUGUUAACCAUUAGGAAGGAACCCGGAUCCUCAUUAUGAUCCUCAUUAUGAUCAUAGAAUUGAAUAGAAAACGUUAUUGUCCACAUAAUGUGGAAUUUUGCCUUUGACUCCAUGGUGGCAUCAUAUGUAUUCAAUAGUUUUGGAACAAAGGUGUCAUACGGGAGUAGUCCAACUGGAAUUGUCACUUGUACAGAAAGUUCUAAUUGAGGAGAAGAAGGAUGCCUUGAAUUAACUAUCUGCUGUGACCCAUCCACUGUCCCUGUCCCUCCCACAUCUUGUAAUUAGACUUUAAGACUGACUGAGAGAGGAUUUGUCCCCUGGUGAGAGAGAGAGAGAGGGAGAGGGGGAUAGGAGGAGGUGACUCCAAAUGGCAGUCUGAAUAAGUUUAGGAUCCUCAGGUGCUCAAUAAAGCCAGCUUACUCAUAAAAGCCCUUUUAGGACAGGCCAUCCCAAGGACGCCUAAACUCAUUACUGGAACCAGGGAAGCAUUAGGAUGGUAAAUGACAACGAGCGCUCACAUGUGCGCGCAGUGGUGUAAAGUACUUAAGUAAAAAUAUUUAAAGUAUUACAUAAGUCGUUUUUUGGGGGUAUUUAUACUAUACUUUACUAUUUAUAUUUUUUGACAACUUUUACUUCACUACAUUCCUAAAGAAAAUAAUGUACUUUUUACUCCAGACAUUUUCCCUGACACCCAAAAGUACUCGUUACAUUUUGACAGGUAUAUGGUCCAAUUCACUCACUUAUCAAGAGAACAUCCCUGGUCAUCCCUACUGCCUCUGAUCUGGCGGACUCACUAAACACAAAUGCUUAGUUUGUAAAUUAUGUCUAAGUGUUGGAGUGUGCCCCUGGCUAUCUAAUAUAUUUAAAAAAAAUACGAGAAAAUAGUGCCCCCUGGUUUGCUUAAUAAAAGGAAUGUGAAAUGAUUUGUACUUUUACUUUUGCUUUUGAUACUUAAGUAUAUUUUAGCAAUGGCAUUUAGUUUUGAUACUUAAGUAUAUUUAAAACCAAAUACUUUUAUACUUUUACUCAAGUAGUAUUUUACUGGGUGACUUUAACUUUUACUUGAGUAAUUUUCUAUUAAUGUAUCUUUACUUUUACUCAAGUAUGACAAUUGGGUACUUUUUCCACCACUGUGUGCGCACGCGUGCGGGGGAGGGGGGGGGGGUCAGUGAGAGAGAGGCGCAGAAAGAAAGAGAAAGAGAGAGGAGGGGGGUGAGAGAGCACAGCACGUGUCAUCUGGUUGGUCACUUGUCACAGCUAAGCGUAGAAGUCAAGGACGAGUUUUGGAAUUGGAGCGCGAUGGAAUGGAAUUCAUAAUUCUGCGGAAUGCUUAGUUCCAGAAAUGCACCACGCUUUAGUGUGCCUGUCUUCCCUGAGAUUCUUCGCUCCAAACCCAAACCGUAGUGCCUGAACUGUGAUGUAGUAAUGCAAUAUUGAGCAUUAAAAAUGCUGCUUUUUUAAAGCCCAUCACACACUGGGAGUGGUGAGACUGGACAGGCACUCUCUCUCAGGUUAGAGGGCAUGUAAUAUUUAGUGUGUGUGUCCGGCCAUCCAGAGAGCUAACGCACACACACAAACGCAGACACACACACACAUUUGGCAUGGGCCCUCAGAUUCUCAGAAAGUUAUACAGCUGUACCAUUGAGAGUAUCUUGACUGGCUGCAUCACCACUUGGUAUGGCAACUGCUUGGCAUGCGACCGUAAGGUGCUACAAUGGGUAGUGCGUACGGCCCAGUAUAUCACUGGGGCAGAGCUCCCUGCCAUCCAGGACCUCUAUACCAGGAGGUGUCAGACGAAGGCCUUAAAAUUUGUCAAAGACUCCAGCCAUAGACUGUUCUCUCUGCUACCGCACGCAAGCGGUACCGGAGUGCCAAAUCUCUACCCACACAUACUACACUGACAUUACAACACACACACACACAAAAAGCACACCCAUUAAUAUUAACGCCCCACACACACACACGCACACACUACAUACAGUCACACACACAAAAAGCACACCCAUUAAUAUUAACGCCCCACACACACACACACACACACACACUUUCACACUCUUGACAUACGCUACUGCUACUCUGUUUAUUAUCUACAGUAUCCUGAUUGCCUAGUCACUUUACCUCUACCUACAUGUGCAUAUUCACUAAAUUACCUCAACUACCUCGUACCCUUGCACAUUGACUCGGUACCGGUACUCCUUGUAUAUAGCCUUGUAAUUGUUAUUUACAGUUUUUACAAUCACUUUGGCACUAAUUUCAGAACCUUGACGUCAUUUUUCAAAACUCUAGACACAAAACUCAAAACGGUCAUCACUUGUAACACAGGCUGUCCAAUGUUCAAAACAUUGCAUUGUGCAUUCAUAUCUUUAAAGAAAUCUUGCACUUGCACAAUCAUUGGUUCAAAAAACAAAUUUAUUGUGAAAUACCAAUGAAACGUUAAUUUAGAUCACCCACACACAAGCAACCGAUAGUUUAACUGUGUCAUUGUUCGUACAAUCAUUAAAUAUUGUAGUACAAAAUAGGUAAUACAUGUUUCAUUAUGGUACUACAUGUAAAUACAUCCCUGUAAAAGUACUGCAGUAGUAGAGAGAAUAUUCCAGACACAGUGGAAUCAUUGAACAAAAUCUGAAAUAUAUUGAUGAAAAACAAUACAGUACUGUAAAACAUCAAAUACAGUGUUCCUCAACUUGCUUGCUUGUACUGUAAAAAGCAAAACAUUGGAGUGAUUACUGUACUUCUACAUUUUCAUCAACUCUGUCUUGUGGAUUUGGCCACAGGUUCUCAUCUACAUCACAAUGGAUGUAUACAUCACAAUGGGGCGGCAGGUAGCUUAGUGGUUAAGAGCGUUGUACCAGUAACCGAAAGGUCGCUGGUUCUAAUCCCCGAGCUGACUAGGUGAAAAAUCUGUCGAUGUGCCCUUGAGCAAGGCACUUAACCCUAAUUGCUCCUGUAAGUUGCUCUGGAUAAGAGCGUCUGCUAAAUGACCUAUUUUUUAUUUAUGUUUUCAUUAGCCAAACAUCUUGGAAAAAACCUUCGGACAUGGCGAAUCCAGGCCUGACACUGGUCUACCGUGAUGUCAUUACAUGUGUCAUCCAUGGCCUGGAGAAGAGUGACUUGUUCAUGAGGGCGCCCAUCAUAAACCUUACAUCUCCAUGUGGAGAAAAUUCCUCAAUCGGGUUAAGGAAAGGAGAGUAUGGGGGUAAAUACAGGGUGGUAAAUUGUGCAUGGGCCUGAAACCAUGCUUGCACCAUAUGAGCAUGGUGGAACCUGACAUUAUCCCACACAAUGACAUAGGUCACGCCAUCAGCUCUACAGAUCUGAUCGAGCUCAUUAAGGAAGGUUACAAGGAGAGCUGCAUUAUAUGAUCCAAUACGAGGUCUGCGUCCCACCACACCAUCUUCUGAUAUAGCCGCACACAUGGUAAUGUUGGCCCCACGUUGUCCAGGUACUUGAAUGGUUGCCCGCUGGCCAAUGAAAUUCCGACCUCUCCUCCUUGUCUUGGCCAGGUUAAAGCCUGCCUCAUCCAAAUAUAUGAAUUUGUGAUGGUUGUCAUCAGCAUCAAGCUCCAUCACCCUCUAAAAAUACAUUUUGGAAAGAGAUUUACUGAUUACUGUACAAUGUAGAAUUAUUAGGGAAUUUUAUUACAACAGCCAUCUAGAAACUGAACAUACCUGAACAUACUCAGUCCUCAUUUGCUUCACUCUGUCUGCAUUUCUUUCAAAAGGCACACGGUAUAGUUGUUUUAAAGCCACCUGGUGCCUUUUCAGCAUGCGUGCAAUAGUCGGCAAACUUAUGGAUUCCACAUUGUUAAACAUGUCUUCAUUGUCCAAGAUAUGCUGGCAAAUUUCUGUAAGGCGAAUAUCAUUUCUGGCCCGAACCAAAUCGACCACAGCCUGCUCUUGUUGGUCAGUCAGAAUUUUGCCUCUGCCUCCCCUAUUUGGCCUAGUCUCAAUUCUACAGGGAACAUUACAGUAAGAAGACACUUGGUCACAUCACCUACUCUAUGUCACACAUUGAUAUGCAGUCAUUUGACAAUUGAGAGUAGCAUCAUGUUUAGUGCAUGCUGACGACUUACCGGUUCUCAUUGCGGAACGUUCUGAUUAUUGAGGCCACGGUUGACCUUCUGAGGUUUGGUUUUAUCAUUGUAGCCGCCUCAGUCAUUGUCAUGCCAUAAUUUAUGACAUGGUCUACAACUAUUGCUCGGAUUUCAUUGGACACUCUUUGCUGUUGCUGUCUUGGUCCGUGGCCUUGUCCUUUACCACGUUCCCCCACACCUCUCAAACGAGGCCCACGACCACCUCUCAGAAGGGGUGAUUGUCCCCUGCCAUUCCUUUGACCAACACGUCUUCCUCGUCUUCCUCCCACCACUGCUUGACCUCUAUUGUGACCUGGAUCACCUGCCGGCUCCAUGUUACAGUACGUAUCGCUAUGUUGUUGCAAGUGGAUCCCAAUCAAUUCUUUAUAUACUCGUUCCACAAUGUGAACUCAAUCAUCAGUAACGAGUUGGCAGAAUUGGACAAGCAAUUACAAGGGCCUGCAUCCAUACAGUGCAGUACUGUCAAUACUGUAAAUAGUCUGAAAAGGUGGCACAUGGGACCAUAGAAACGAUGUCUGAUAAAGAAUGAUGAUGAAAUAUUACAUCCAUAGAUAAUGUAGUCUAAUUGGUUCAUGCUCCACGCUAAUUGGUGACAAUGAAUCUCGUUAUCUUGAAACUUUCAUGAUCUAAACAUGGAAUAUUGUAUAUUGUUUGUCUGUUUCCAUACAACUAUGCAUUAAGAGUAAUGCAACAGUUACUUAUCAUUUUGAGCAGUUGUAUCAAUUGAUAGUUGGAUAAUUGUAAUGAAAUGAAUAGACAUUUUGACUCAUCUGAAAUGUAAUGUGUGAAUUGCCUUUUGAAAUAGUAGUACUUUGAUGUUAAGUUGUGUCAUAUUGAACAGGUGAUUUUUGUUAAAUGAACAAAUGAUCUUAGUUUUAUGUGUAUUGUAUCCAAGCAAUUGAAAAAAGUGUUAGAGUUUUGAAAAAUGUGCAUUUUGAUCAUUGGUUGUGAGUUUUGUGUUUAGAGUUUUGAAAAAUGACGUCAAGGUUCUGAAAUUUGUGCCAAAGUGAUUGUAAAAAACUAUUUUAUUACUAUUUCCUUUUUUUAUUUAGCAAAUUGUUCGUACUUUUUAACUCUGCAUUGUUGGGAAAGUGCUCGUAAGUAACCCUAUCACAGUCUACACAUGUUGUAUUCGGCACGUGACAAAUAAAAUUAGAUUUGAUUGAUUUGACAUACCUCUCUCUCUCUCUCUAACACUUCAUCAUAUCACCCACACAGCGCUGUGGGGUCAGAGCGGACAUAUUUUGUACUUAGUUCAGUCAAGGAGAAAAAUACAUCUCCUUAAUGCAACAUCUCCUCUCUCGCUGUGCUUUGAGCUUGUUGUAGCCAACUACAGCUGUCCAUGUUGGUAAUUCUAUGGUCUGGAGCGCUUAGAUUUCUUGGCUCCCUCCAUUGCUUUGGUCAUGAUGAGUACAUGUGAGAGUGUACAUUAUAUACUGUAGUAGUACAUGUGACAGCUUACGUACAUAUGUAGUAGUACACGUGAAAGUAUAGGCUAUUUAAUUGUUAGAGCAUAUGUAACAGUACGUGACAACAUAUUUAAUAUUACAUGUCAGAUUGUGCAUAGUAGCGUGAGAGCACAUGUAAUGGUGAAUGUAUUGUUGUAUCAAUCAGGCCUGAGAGCAACCAGGUUUACUAAUAGAGUGUGUAGCAUUACAACCCCAGGGAGAGUACUACUACUGACACAGAACACUGAAAUACCACUACAAGCUGGAUGAAGCUGGGAGCAAUGAAGUGUGUGUGUGCAUACGUGUGUGUGUGUCUGUGCGCACGUGCAUCUGUGCAUAUGUGUGUGUAUGCAUGCAUGUGUCACAGACCUUUGUUGACAGCUUGAACAGGCUGGCUGGAGAAGUAGGCGUCCUAAUGAGGGACAAUACGUGUUGAGGAGGAGUGCCCUUCUGCACAGUAAUCUGUUGUUCAAUAGGGACUUAGUGCACUUGAAACGCACAGUCCCUUUCUCCCACUCCCCUUAUGGUAAUGGCCAUGUGAUGGAGAAGCUUAACACACUGUCCAAGGGAACACACUAUAGACAAUUGAGACAACCUCUAUACCCUAGUGUCUGUAUAAACAUACACUUCAUUGUUGAUGUUGAUAUAAUCUUAUGGUCAUAUGAUGUAAUUGACAUCUGAAUCUAGACAGAGGUUGCACAAAUAGAUGCCAUGCACUUACCAUGUGUAGAGGGUUCAGCUUCUGUAGUGUAAAAAGUGAAUUUCAAUUACAUCACAUAUUAAGAAACUCUCAAUAGUAGUUGCACAGAAAAUUGGCCAGUGUUGCAUAGUGUUGAUUUUUCAGUGUAACAUUUCUAGUCUCUAAGUGUUUAAUUAACACUCAUUGGUGUAGAAGAACCCCAUUGGUGUAAAAAACCCAAGUCUCUCAUUAUCAUAUUUCCCAGCAUGCUGUAUUGCAGGUUGAUAGUUUGUUUCAAUAUCUUUUUGCAAGUACAUUGAUUCAUUAAUUAACCUUAUGCUACUCAAAUAUAAAUAACAUACAUUUUCCUAAACUAAUCCAAUCUGUUACUUGGAUUUAUUGCACCCAUUACUGAAAGGAUUGUUCUAGUUUAGAUGGUUUAGGUAGUGUCAUAGCUUAGCCUUCCCAACCUGUUGGUCACUCUUAAUGCAGGUUGCUGGUAAAUAAAACUUCACAAUGUUGGACAUCCCCACUCUGGCUGGAUUCCAAUGGGAAUUUCGCUUCACUUUGCAAGCCAGCAUAAUGUGACUUACAGGCCUGAUGUGGCUGUAAACCAUGCAUUUCAUGCCACUGUAUUAUGGUAAAACUAGGCCUUCAAAAUAAGGCCUUAUAAAAUAUGUGUUUUAUUGUCUUAUAAAACUGAAAAUGGAUGAAUGACCCCAGUCAGUCCCAGCAGCAGCAGAGUAACAACACAGGGGUUUAAGUGAUGGUUAUGGAUGGAGGUAAUAACAUAAAGCCUAGUCUAUUGACUUCUCUAAAGACAACUACAUACCAUAGGAUGGAGAGCAGUGGUGGCUAGCAGAGUGGAGCUAAUCACCCUCUUCUCUGUGACUUUGGUAGAGGCCGCAAAUAUACACACAGUUCACAGCGGGUCAGCCCCACUAAAACACAUAUUUUCCAUUUCCUCCUACCAUACCUGCACAGCAAGGGAGAGAUGGAGGGGAGAUGGGAGGGAGGGAGGGAGGGAGGGAGAGAGGGAUAGUAUGUGUGUGUGUGUGUGUGUGUGUGUGUGUUUGUGUGUUUGUGUGUGUUUGCGUGCGUGCGUGUGUGGCUAUACAGCUAACAUCUGCUGGGUGGAUCCUCCCUGCUUUCAGCAGAGUGUAAUGGAGUCUGCUAUCUCCAGACCUGCUGCUGCUUUUAUAAUGGAGGGCUUAGUGCUCUGAGGAAUGCCUCUCUUGCUCUUUUUUUUCUUUCUUGGUCUCAGUUUUUUCUCUCUUUCUCCCUCUUUUACUGUCUUUCUACCUCUGUCUUUUUCAUUCUCCCCAUCACUCCCCCUUUCCUUUCUCUCUUUCUCUAUCUUUCUCCCCUCUCCCUCCUCCCCUCUCUUUCUCUGCUCCCUUCCCCUCUCUUUCUCUCUUUCUCUGACAACAAUUCUCAUCGGAGGAGAUCUCUCUCUGUAUGUGCACACCGUCCUGUCAGUGCUCUGCUCUCUCUGCCCACGUUCACCCAGGGCUCCUUCUGCUGUAAUCUACAGCUGUAGCUGCUCUAUAUCCUAUUAAAGUAGAUAACACAGACCGUUGUGAAGAUAAACUCAGAUCAAAUAUUAGGAGUUGAGUGUCCAUGUCGUUGGACAAGCAUUUAAUGAGUCAAUGAAGAGGGAAUUGGGGCAAAUCCCAAAUGGCAGCCUAUUCUCUACAUAUAGUGCACCAAAAGUAUUGCUCUAAAUCAAAAUGUCCCUUAGUCAUGCGCCGAUGUCGGUGGGAGACAGUGACAGUUUGAAUGAAGUGGUCGUUUUUUGGUAGGAUUCUUCCCUACCUUAGUCUGUAUGAGUAGCACCUACUGCAUAAAUGCCCAAUGGUGUGUUCUCUAGCCUUAUUCUCCCUGUAGGCAGCUGCUGUUGUGUUGGUACGAUAUGUACUCUCCAGAGCUGAUGUGAGAGGAGAGUGAUGUCACAGGGACAGAGAGCUUAGUUAACAGGGUGACCUGCUAUAAGAGUCAAACCUAGCUGGCAUUGAGGAGCUGCUCACACAUAGAUUCUACCCUCACAGCAUUCUUCCAUGAGAAAUUCCAUCAUUUGGUGUUUUGUUGAUGGUGGUAGAAAACGCUGUCUCAGGCGCCGCUCCAGGUUUCCCAUAAGUGUUCAACUGGGUUGAGAUCUGGUGACUGAGAUGGCCAUGGGAUAUGGUUUACAUCAUUUUUAUGCUCAUCAAACCAUUUAGUGAUCACUCAUGCCCUGUGGAUGGGGGCAUUGUCAUCCUAUGAGGGCAUAGCCAUGGUAGUCAAAAUAUUGGCCUGCCCAGCAUUUUUAUUCAUGACCCUAAGCAUGAUGGGAUGUUAAUUGCUUAAUUAACUCAGGAACCACACCUGUGUAGAAGCACCUGCUUUGUAUCCCUCAUUUAGUGUUUUCAUUAUUUUGGCAGUUACCUGUAGCUAGCAGAUUGUAACGGGCUAAUAUAAUGCUCCAUUAGGCGUUACAGGAUAGGUACUGUUUGGUGUAGCAUAGAGAAUUUUCGAUACUAUCUUUGUUCUCGAUUCGCCAAACAUAUAUUUUUUUAAAUGUCUGUGACCAGUUGUAGGUGGUUCGUUAGAAUUUUGAAAAUGUUUUGCUCCAUGAAGUAAUUCAACAAUGUGUAUGCCGCCAUCUUGUCUAUUUCAAAUCUUCUCUCAUUGAUUGAGACAGGUGAGUCUACCCUAAAGUGCAGCAUGUCAUGAUGACACUCAGCUGUCUCAAUCAAUGAGAGAAGAUUUGAAAUAGACAAGAUGUCAGUGUGCAGAUUGUUGGAUUGCUUCAUGAAUCAAAACAUGUAUUUAUUUUAAUAACACAGUAUUUUCUCAAUUCAAACGAACCACCUCCAACUGGACACGGGCAUUUAAGAAGAUACAUGUUUGGCCUAACAAAGAUAGUAUCGGCAAGUUAAGGUUUGUUGAAAAUUCUCUGUGCUAUGCCAAACAGUACCUAUCCUGUUACGGCUAAUGAAGUAUCAUAUUAGCCCGCUAGCUAACUCACACUUAUAACGCUAACGCUAGCUGACACACACUGACACACAGUUCAUACUGCUGCCAUGCCGAAGUCAUGUCACACAGGCCUCAAGGCCUGCCUAGAGAUGUGUUCCAGUCAACACCGUUAGUACAUUGUCAGAGCACACUGUACACACGCAUGCAUAUGUACACAAACACACACACACACACACACACACACACACACACACACACACACACACACACACACACACACACACACACACACACACACACACACACACACACACACACACACACACACACACACACACACACACACACAUACAUACAUACAGACAGACACAUAGUUGGAAAUAGAGAGAAUUAACAAAUGUGAACGAUGAUGAAGGCCAGUGAUGAAGAUGCCUCUAGCAACUUGCUGGCCCAGCGUGAUGACUCGAUCACAAUGUAUGGCAUUGUUUGAAUGACAGACCAUCUGUUGGCUAUCAUAGGGGUCAAACACCUUGUGGCAAUCUCAAUGAAGAGACAUCCCACAGAAGUCCUAGGGUCACUGAAGCCAGGAGAGGUGAAGACUGAUGAAACUUUAAUCGACAAAAUUAAUGUUACUGUGUGAAUAAAAUUGUCAUGUUCGCAUUGUUUCAAGAGUUAAUAAAGAGCUAUGAAUUUUGAUAUGUUUCAUUGUACUGUAAGUGCUAUGGAUUUAUUGUUACAGAGAAACUGUGUUAUUCUGUACGCUUGACGGCGGAUAGUUCAGAGAGGAGCGACACAGAUGUGUGCACUUAUCAUACAGUGUUGAGGUGUGGUGAUUAGACUAGAGAAUGUGUGAAGUGUUAUGCCUUUUGUUUUAAUGUUUUGGGCCAUGCAAAGUGAUGUUAAUGAGACGAUAGGAGAUACUGGGAGUUGGCACUCUUGGAAGAAUAAAAUAUUUAGAUAAUGUAGUUAUUGGUAAACCAAACUCCUGAUGUACGUUUUGUAUGUCAUAGUGGUAAAAUGUCUAUGCUGUUAAGACAUAGGAUAUUUUGUAUUAUUUUUAUCGCGAAGAUUUCUGGUGUGUAUCAUCUGUUAAUUGUAUUCUUAUGGUGUAACUGUAAUAAUUCUGCUUACUUUUAAAUGGAUACGAACCAUAGUCCUCACAUUUCUGAGUAAUAUUCCUUGAAUUAUUGUUUGGUGAAAUGUCUAAUGGUAAAUGUUAUUCACAAUAUACAUAGCAUAUAUGCUUGGUCUCUAUGCUAUUGUCAAGAUCAUCGUUAGAUGAAGCGGACCAAGGCGCAGCGUGAUAUGCGUACAUUAUUUUAUUUCAGUACACAACACGAACCAAAACAAACAAUACGUGAAGUCCUGGGUUGAACACAAACCUUCCGGAACAAGAUCCCACAAUAAACAUGUGCCAACAGGCUGCAUAAGUAUGGUCCCCAAUCAGAGACAACGAGCUACAGCUGUCUCUGAUUGGGAACCACCCUGGCCAACAUAGAAAUACACGAACUAGAACGAAAAUUAUAGAAAACUAAACAAGGAAAAUCCACACCACCACACUCUCCCUACCCCCCCGUUGCGCCCCUGGUCUGGUCUGGCCCCGCUGGCCGGAGCUGGACUGAACACCGGUGGAGCUGAUUGCUCUGGCUCCGGCGUGGAGCAGCUGACCGGUGCCGGACCAGGCACGGACCGUGCCAGACUGACGACGCGCACCACUGGCUUGGUGCGGGGAGCAGGAACGGGCCGGACCGGGCUGACGACGCGCACCAUUGGCUUGGUGCGGGGAGUAGGAACGGGCCGGACCGGGCUGGCGAUGCGCACCAUUGGCUUGGUGCGGGGAGCAGGAACAGGCCGGACCGGGCUGGCGACGCGCACCAUUUGCUUAGUCCGGGGAGCAGGAACAGGCCGGACCGGGCUGACGACACGCACCAUUGGCUUGGUGCGGGGAGCAGGAACAGGCCGGACCGGGCUGGCGACGCGCACCAUUUGCUUAGUCCGGGGAGCAGGAACAGGCCGGACCGGGCUGACGACGCGCACCAUUGGCUUGGUGCGGGGAGCAGGAACAGGCCAGACCGGGCUGGCGACGCGCACCAUUGGCUUGGUGCGGGGAGCAGGAACGGGCCUGACCGUACUGGGAACACACACCACUGGCCUUGUGCGGGAAUCAGGAACGGGCCGGACCGGACUGGUGACACACACCACUUGCUUGGUGCGAGGAGCGGGACUGGGUUUCCUCAUAAACCUCCGCUCCCUCUGCUGCCUACUCAGUUCCUCUCGCCGUGCCUCCACACUCUCCUUCUCCCUCGUGACCAGUGGCCCCCGUAACCUGGCGGCCUCCUCUGCUAACCUGCCGAACCGCUCUAUCGCGGCCUCCCGCUGCCUCGCCGUCCACAGUGUGAGCCCCCCCCUAAACAUUUUUGGGGCUUGUCUCUCCCCCGUGAACAUGGCCUCCAUCCCUCUUGCCAGACUCUCACUCAUCUCCUCCCACGUCCAUCCUCUCUCCUCGUCACGCUGCUUGAUCCAGUCGAGGUGGGAUCUUCUGUCAAGAUCGUCGUUAGAUGAAGCGGACCAAGGCGCAGCCUGAUAUGCGUACAUUCUUUUAUUUCAGUACACAACACGAACCAAAACAACAAAACAAACGAUACGUGAAGUCCUGGGUUGAACACAAACCUUCCGGAACAAGAUCCCACAAUAAACAUGUGCCAACAGGCUGCAUAAGUAUGGUCCCCAAUCAGAGACAACGAGCUACAGCUGUCUCUGAUUGGGAACCACCCUGGCCAACAUAGAAAUACACGAACUAGAACGAAAAACAUAGAAAACUAUACAAGGAAAAUCCACACCCUGGCUCAACAUUUAAUAGUCCCCAGAGCCAGGGCGUGACAGCUAUGCAUCUCUGAUCUAAGGUUAACUCAAUCAUUAAAUGGUAGGACAUUGAUUGCAAGAUAUUAGCUCCUUGUCCCUUAGCCUCUUUGCAUAACGGUAAACCUAGACACGUGUAUCUUAUAUUAUUCAGAGUGGUGACGUAAGGCUCGCAACCUUGGCUAUACCCACUGGAUAUGAUUAUGGGCCUAUAGCAUUCACAUGAAAAUAGAGUCAGAUUGAUGAAUGUAGUUUAUUUUUAUAUUCAACAUAAUGUUUGGAUAAUUUCCACCACUCUACACACACACUUCAACGUCUAAGCCUUCUCUCAUCUUCUUUACAGAUUAUCUCAUUAGAGAGGAUAUAUUGUAACUUGGUAUUACUGUCGACAUGUGUAAUCUGUUCACGCCUGUUCUCUCUUGGCGAGGGAGGGGGUGGGGUGGUUGAUCACUGGUUUCUUUGCCUCCUCAGCGGAACGCUACGCUGGUUAGCCGGGGCUGUGUUGUGUUGUUGUGACUGAAGAAGCGUGACUGGCCAUCUGCUAGCUGGGAUUCCUACGCCACACUAUAGUCAGGGAUGGACACAGAUGAGUGGCUGCGCUUUGAGAGGAAUCUCUCCGAUGGUGGAUGGGUGUGUGUGUUUGUGUGUGUGCGUGCGUGUGUGCUUGCGCAUGUUUGUGUUUAUUUCUGAUGAAGCCUCCACUCAGUGAUACGAUACAAUAGGGGUUUUGUCAAGUAUAAUUUCUGACAAAGUACAGUAGCCAGUGUAUGGUUUAUAUCCGUGUAUGGUUUGUAUCAGCGUAUGGUUUAUAUCAGCGUAUGGUUUAUAUCAGCGUAUGGUUUGUAUCAGCGUAUGGUUUGUAUCAGCGUAUGGUUUGUAUCAGCGUAUGGUUUGUAUCAGCGUAUGGUUUAUGUCAGCGUAUGGUUUAUGUCAGCGUAUGGUUUAUGUCAGCAUAUGGUUUAUGUCAGCGUAUGGUUUAUAUCAGCGUAUGGUUUAUGUCAGCGUAUGGUUUAUAUCAGUGUCUGGUCGGUGUACAGUUGUUAGUGUUUAGUUUCUGCCAGUGUAUAGUUUUAGAAAAAGGGCAACACUAGCAGAAUGUCUAUUUCACUUGUAGAAUGGUUACAGUAUAUUGAUGCAUCUACUCUCUCGCUCUCUCUUCUCCCUCCCUCCCUCGUUCCCCCCCCUCUCCCCUCUCCCCUCUCCAGAUGUACAUUCAGACCACCACCCUGACCAUCUCCCUCAGUCUCAGCGCCUCUGUCUCUCUGGGGAUGCUGUACAUGCCCAAGGUCUACGUCAUCAUCUUCCACCCGGAGCAGAACAUCCCCAAGCGUAAACGCAGCUUCAAGGCCAUCGUCACCGCCGCCACCAUGUCAGGCAAGCUGCAGAAGGGAGGCGACCGGCCCAAUGGAGAGGUCAAGACGGAGCUGUGUGAGAGCAUGGAGACCAACAGUGAGUAAGAACACACCUUUACUAACCUAUACAUAAUACACUUCUAUAUCUAAUGAUAUACUGUAUACAUCUAUACUAAUGGUAUGCAUAAAUACAUCUACACCAGGGUUCCCCAACUGACGGCCCAUGGGCUGAAUUUGGCCCGCGGGUGGUUUUAUUUGGUCCCCCAAGUAAAAAAUAAUAAUAAUGUUAAUUGAAUUUUAAUUGUUGGACAUAAAAGACUGUCAAAAUACCAGGAAAUCAUAUCCAAGUGAUUUUAUUUUAAGAAAUCUGUUGCCAAGUAUUCCCACGCAUAGUAGACACGUGAUCAUAUACAAAUGUAAGCAAGGUUUGAAAUGGUUAUGUUUUAGUCAAAUAUUAUAUCUGUUUAGGCUUCUUGCGGUCAAUUUGCAGUCUACAAAUUAUUUGUAAUUAUGUACCGGCCCCGCGACCAUCCGCUCAAGAAAAAAUCGGCCCGCGGCUAGUUGAAUCUAGUUGAUGAUCCUUGAUCUACACUAAUAUAACGAAUAAUCUAUACACUUAAAAACACUAAUCCAUAGAUCUACACUAACACACAACUUUGAUAAUCUAUACAACUACACUGAUAUAAACAACCUUUUGAUAAUCUCUACAACUACAGUAUAACAGUAGUUACAUGUCCUCCCGAGUGGCGCAGUGGUCUAAGGCACUGCAUCGCAGUGCUAGCUGUGCCUCUAGAGAUCCUAGUUCGAAUCCAGGAGACCCAUGGGGCGGCGCACAAUUGGCCCAGGGUAGGGGAGGGAAUGGCUGGCAGGGAUGUUGGUUGAGCAUGGCGUUUGCAACGGCAGGUUUGUGGGUUCGAUUCCCACGGGGGGCCAGUAUAAAACAAAUAUUAUGUAUCCACUAACUGUAAGUCGCUCUGGAUAAGAGCGUCUGCUAAAUGACGUAAAUGUAGGUUGGGUCCUUUUUCAUAUGACUCUCAUUCAAAUAUCAGUACUUUCAAUAGCGAAAAUGUAAUGUCUGAACUGUAAACAAUGUUCUUGAUAGAGCAGCUUGAGUGCCUGUUUUUUUAGCACAAUUCUUUGCUUCACAUACAGAGUGUUAACAUGAGCUUCCCAUUCAACUUAACUAUGUGGAGCAGCUUACGUAAACUUCAAAGCUUUGUUGUGUGUGGAGCCAAUCGUGCCUCAUCAACACUACGACCUGGAAUUGUUCUUCUUUCUCCAGUGGAGAUUCAGAAUUUUCAGUGGGUGUUUAAAACACUUAUUUUAUCACAGAGUUGAUUUGGGUGUUCUGAGAGGUUGAGAAGGUUCUGGAAUGUUUGGAGUAAUUAGGCUUCAUAUACUGUGUUCUGUGUUCUGAGCUGGAGCAGGUUUAACUAUUUCUUCAUUACAGACCUGUAUGCCCAGAAGUCUCACAGUCAGCAGUUUGGUCGGCUAGAAUAACACACAAUAACACACAUGCAUGUGAUCACACACGCAUGCACACACACACACAACACAACACAACACAUAGCACGGGUCACUGCUCAUCUAUUCCCUCAUUGGCACAAACUGCUGUCUGGACUCAUACAGAGUUAAGUUUCACAAACCACAGUCUGCCUGAGGCAUUAUUUUCUAAUACUAACUGCCUAGGGUUUGUGUUGUGUGAAGAAGAAACUGUUGGAACAGUUUUGAUUCCUACAGUGUGACAUAUUGUCUCUUUUUUAAAUCCUCCUUAACAAGGCGGGCACAUGGGACCGUCUUGACAAUAGCUCAGCGCCAGCGGUCCCUGGUCGCUUAAAAACAAAUGACAUUUACAACCAACAGCUACAGGGGACGUGUAACAUAAUGGACUUGACAAAACACAGCCUCAGACCCCAGACGCAUUAGUGUGCACUAAUAUUACUGUCAAUAGGAAAUAUAUAUCCCCUGAUAUAUUUAUUCUCCUCUCUUCCCCUCUUUUCCCCUCUGGCAGCUUCAUCAACUAAGACAACAUAUGUUAGCUACAGUAAUCAUGCCAUCUGAACAUCUGAACAGCACCAGAGUGGCGGGAGGGUCCCCAGGGGCGAGAACAGCUGAGGAGAAGAGCUGUCACUCAGACAGACAGAUGACGGACUGACGGACAAAUAGAUGGACAGACAGACGGAGCUCCCACCGACACCGGUAACCAAGCAUGAGACAUUUUAUAUUGUUCUGACAGCAUCAACCCUACAACCACCAGAGAGGCGGGACCACAAAGAUCAACCACCAAUCAGUGGGCUCCGUUCGCUCUCUUCCUGCAAAUCACAGCACAACGGUCCUGCCAUGAACUUUGAACUAACUGUGAAAAAAAAGAGACUUCAAAAAUCUCUGCAGGCUCUAUGGUCCAGAGAAAAAAAGGAAGAAAAAAUAAGAAAAACAAAACAAAACAAAACGGUGUAAAAGUUAUACAUAAGGGAGAUAAAAAUACAUUAAAAGAGUUUAAAAAUUAAAAAUAAUUAAAAGAGAUAAUAGAAGAAACUACGAGAAUCGACCAUGAUGUUUAUUGUUAUUCUACUUGUAAGUAUUUUUGUGGUUGUGAAGAGUUUUUAAUUCUUGUCCCAGCUGUCGUGCGACCUUGCAUACUCAGAAAGUUUGUCUCUUGUAUCGAUCGGCUAACUGGAUGGGUAGCCCAGGGUUGUGAAUCUGUAAAUGCCCUGGUUGAAGCAUGCCAGUUUUUAUACAAAUGAUUUAUUUAUAAUAAAGGAAUGUUUUGCAAAUGUGUAGAUUUGUUGCUUGUGCUUUUAAGAUACAAUGCAGACACCAAUUUUAUGUUUUGGUUAAUUACUAUAUUUAUCGAUUUUAAAUUAUGAGGACAAAGACUAAAUGACAUGUAACAUUCCCAGUCCUGUACCCAUCCCUCCCACCUGUCCCUCUAAGGUUGUUUCUGACAAUCUGAAUCUCUACAUGUUUGUCACGAUCGUCUGAAGGAGCGGACCAAUGCGCAGCGUUGCGAGUGAACAUGAUGACUUUAUUAAUUAAAGCAACCACGAAGAAAACAACAAAUGACGAUACGUGAAGUUCAAAAUACUGAAACACACUAACAGCAACACAGAAACAAUAACCCACAAAACAAAGGUGAAAACACACAGAAUAUAUAUGGCUCCCAAUCAGAGAUAACGAGCCGACAGCUGACACUCGUUACCUCCGAUUGGGAGUCAUCGACCAAUCACCACAUGACACAAACAAAAUGAAACUCACCCAUACCACACACCACCAAAUGAAAUACACCCAAACACAAGAAAAUGAACAACCCUGGCUCAAUAUAAACGUCCAUAGAGCCAGAGUGUUACAGUACCCCCCCCUAAAGGUGCGAACUCCGGGCGCACCAACAUCAGGACUAGGGGAGGGUCUGGGUGGGCGUCUGUCCAUGGUGGCGGCUCUGGCCCCGGUCGUGAUCCCCACCCCACCACAGUCACAACCUGCUUUGGUAGCCUCCUCCCAAUGACCACCCUCCACCUAACCCCACCUGGACUAAGGGGCAACCCCGGACUAAGGGGCAGCAUCGGCCUAAGGGGCAGCACCGGGAUAAGGGGCAGCACCGGGAUAAGGGGCAGCACCGGGACAAGGGGCAGCACCGGACUACGGGGCAGUACCGGACUAAAGGGCAGUACAGAACUAAGGGGCAGCACCGGGCUAAGGGGCAGUACCGGACUACGGGGCAGCACCGGGCUAAGGGGCGGCACCGGACUCAGGGGCAGCACCGGACUAAGGGGCAGCACCGGGCUAAAGGGCAGCACCGGACUAAGGGGCAGCACCGGACUAAGGGGCAGUACCGGACUACGGGGCAGCACCGGGCUAAGGGACAGUACCUGACUAAGGGGCAGCACCGGACUAAGGGGCAGUACCAGGCUGAAUGGCGGAUCCCGGCUGGUCGGCUCUGUCGGAUCCCGGCUGGUCGGCUCUGUCGGAUCCCGGCUGGACGGCUCUGGCGGAUCCCGGCUGGACGGCUCUGGCGGAUCCCGGCUGGACGGCUCUGGCGGAUCCCGGCUGGACGGCUCUGGCGGAUCCCGGCUGGACGGCUCUGGCGGAUCCCGGCUGGACGGCUCUGGCGGAUCCCGGCUGGACGGCUCUGGCGGAUCCCGGUUGGACGGCUCUGGCGGAUCCCGGCUGGACGGCUCUGGCGGAUCCCGGCUGGACGGCUCUGGCGGAUCCCGGCGGGACGGCUCUGGCGGAUCCAGGCUGGACGGCUCUGGCGGAUCCUGGCGGGACGGCUCUGGCGGAUCCAGGCUGGACGGCUCUGGCGGAUCCUGGCUGGACGGCUCUGGCGGACCCUGGCUGGACGGCUCUGGCGGAUCCUGGCUGGACGGCUCUGGCGGAUCCUUGCUGGACGGCUCUGGCGGAUCCUGGCUGGACGGCUCUGGCGGAUCCUGGCUAGACGGCUCUGGCGGAUCCUGGCUGGACGGCUCUGGCGGAUCCUGGCUGGACGGCUCUGGCGGAUCCUGGCUGGACGGCUCUGGCGGAUCCUGGCUGGACGGCUCUGGCGGAUCCUGGCGGGACGGCUCUGGCGGAUCCAGGCUGGACGGCUCUGGCGGAUCCUGACGGGACGGCUCUGGCGGAUCCAGGCUGGACGGCUCUGGCGGAUCCUGGCUGGACGGCUCUGGCGGAUCCUGGCUGGACGGCUCUGGCGGAUCCCGGCUGGACGACGGAUCUGGCUGCUCAUGGCUGGCUGACGGAUCUGGCUGCUCAUGGCUGGCUGACGGAUCUGGCUGCUCAUGGCUGGCUGACGGAUCUGGCUGCUCAUGGCUGGCUGACGGAUCUGGCUGCUCAUGGCUGGCUGACGGAUCUGGCUGCUCAUGGCUGGCUGACGGAUCUGGCUGCUCAUGGCUGGCUGACGGAUCUGGCUGCUCAUGGCUGGCUGACGGAUCUGGCUGCUCAUGGCUGGCUGACGGAUCUGGCUGCUCAUGGCUGGCUGACGGGUCUGGCUGCUCAUGGCUGGCUGACGGGUCUGGCUGCUCAUGGCUGGCUGACGGAUCUGGCUGCUCAUGGCUGGCUGACGGAUCUGGCUGCUCAUGGCUGGCUGACGGAUCUGGCUGCUCAUGGCUGGCUGACGGAUCUGGCUGCUCAUGGCUGGCUGACGGAUCCGGCUGCUCAUGGCUGGCUGACGGGUCCGGCUGCUCAUGGCUGGCUGACGGGUCCGGCUGCUCAUGGCUGGCUGACGGAUCUGGCUGCUCAUGGCUGGCUGACGGAUCUGGCUGCUCAUGGCUGGCUGACGGAUCUGGCUGCUCAUGGCUGGCUGACGGAUCUGGCUGCUCAUGGCUGGCUGACGGGUCUGGCUGCUCAUGGCUGGCUGACAGGUCUGGCUGCUCACGGCUGGCUGACGGGUCUGGCUGCUCAUGGCUGGCUGACGGAUCUGGCUGCUCAUGGCUGGCUGACGGAUCUGGCUGCUCAUAGCUGGCUGAUGGUGCUGGCUGGGAGACUGGCGGUGGAGGCGGACCCCAGCCUCGGAUUGCAGUCAACAUCUCCAGCAGGGCGGCUCCCAUCUGCAGGAGCUGCUCUUCCUGGUCCCGAACCCGAGCUUCCAGUCUAGUAUGGGCUGCGUCGGCUCCUGCUGAUUCCAUAGCAGAUGUAUGAUUCUGUCUGGCGGAAGGCUCUAGCGGCUCCUGUCUGGCGGAAGGCUCUGAAGGCUCAUGGCAGACGGACGGCUUUGCAGGCUCAGUACAGACGGGCGGCUUAUGCAGCGCUUGGCAAACGGGCAGUUCAGACGCCAUAGGGCCGACGGGCAGUUCAGGCGCCGUUGGGCAGACGGCAGACUCUGGCCGACUGGUAACGCACCCCGUAGGAUUCGUGCGUGGAGCAGGAACAGGCCGGGCUGGGCUGGCGACGCGCACCUUAUCCCUGGUGCGAGUGGCCGGAACAGGCCGGGCCGGGCUGGCGACGCACAUCGUGGACCUGGUGCGUGGAGUAGGAACAGACCGGUCCGUACCGGGAACACCCACCACUGGCCUUAACUGGGGAUCAAGAACGGACCGGACCAGACUGGGAACACACUUCAGUCUCUCAUGCCGUGCCACAACAACUUCCCUCCUUCCACUCGCCAAUGGCUCCCGUACUCCGUUAGCCUUCUCUCCUUUUCUCCCUGUGGCAGCCUCCUGCUGCCCAGCUGCCCAAGCCAUGUGCCCCCCCCCAAAAAAUUUCUUGGGGUUGCCUCUCUUCCACGGGCUUCCAGCCUCGCCUUCGCGCUGCCUCCUCGUACCACCUCCUCUCGGCUUUGGCUGCCUCCAGCUCUUCACGAGGGAGGCGAUAUUCUCCCGGUUGUGCCCAAGGAUCCUUUCCGUCCAAUAACUCUUCCCAUGUCCAGACCCUCGGCUCCUGGACACGCUUGUUACGCUGCUUGGUCCUUUUGUGGUGGGUUAUUCUGUCACGAUCGUCUGAAGGAGCGGACCAAUGCGCAGCGUUGCGAGUGAACAUGAUGACUUUAUUAAUUAAAGCAACCACGAAGAAAACAACAAAUGACGAUACGUGAAGUUCAAAAUACUGAAACACACUAACAGCAACACAGAAACAAUAACCCACAAAACAAAGGUGAAAACACACAGAAUAUAUAUGGCUCCCAAUCAGAGAUAACGAGCCGACAGCUGACACUCGUUACCUCCGAUUGGGAGUCAUCGACCAAUCACCACAUGACACAAACAAAAUGAAACUCACCCAUACCACACACCACCAAAUGAAAUACACCCAAACACAAGAAAAUGAACAACCCUGGCUCAAUAUAAACGUCCAUAGAGCCAGAGUGUUACAAUGUUUCCCUACACCCAAGAUGGCAGAUUUUCCUUUUUCUUUGCUCUCUGUAUUAAACCAUCAAUACAGCAAAUCACUUUUCCUGACACACAGCAAAACGAAGUCUUUCCGUUUUGAGCACAACACAUUUCUUUCAUAGAUUUUUCCUGGUCUUACAGCGUUACAAACCUCUACCACUCCACCGAGGGCUGUUGUCUUCCAUACUGAAGUAGCUACUAGUGGAGAAGCUAUCCGCAAGCUGGGUAGAUGAUGAGAAGGCAGUGUGUGUGUGCCUGUUCACCAGUGUGUGUGUGCCUGUCUAAAUGUAGACAGUGAGGGCCGAAUCCCUCAUGUUUCUGAACUAGCCUGCUACAUUUCACCAAAUGUCGAAAUGUUAAACAAUACAUGAGAUCUGAAAAGCAGUGCGCUGCAUCAAUACAUUCAUUCUCACUGGAGAGGAAAGAUCGAUAAAGCUGAACGAAGAAAACAACACCUUUUCCUAUAUACAACAACAGACAAGCUUUGUAUGUCAGAUUAAAAGUAAUAAAAGUCAGGGCUUUGUUUAACUGAUGUCCCUUUGUGUGAGCCCAACCUCCCUUUACAAUGAAAUGAAAAGAAAAACACUGAAAAUAAUAGGCCACGGACAGCACAAUGAUUUGUAUUUACAACACGUAUAAUGGGAAGCGGCUUGCGGGCCAAACAGCAGUCAUUUUACAAUAGAAUAAAUAAAGGAUCGCUGUCUGCCGUUGAUCAAUGUUAUUCUCAUGCGUUCCUUCUACAGCCCAAUGCAUAGCAAAAAUACAGUCUUGCCUUUCCCAUUCAAGUCUGACCAUUAGCAUACUGACAGAUAAGAAGUGGUGGUUGAAAGGAAAAUCAGAGGGUGUAUUAUAACCUGGCAGUGGUCUUGGGGGUCUAAACCUGCAACUCCGCAGCAGACAGGACCCCUGGUCAGGGCUACCUCUGAUAGGGUAGCAGUGACAGUAAUCCUAGUUAUUUACCUGCAGGCUAAUUCAAUUACCAGUUACACAGACCAUUGUCACUGUCAGGGACGAUAGAUUACACACACAACACCAGGAGACUUCUCUCUCUAUGGAUCCUCUCACACAUGUAUGUGCGUGUUUGUGUGUGCACUCGAGCGUGUGUGUGUUUCUUGAGGUGAAGCAGGUAGAUGGUCCUCCACUCUCUGUGUGUGUGUGUUUUGUUUGUUUGUGUGUGUGUGUGUGCGUGUGUAUGGAGAUGGGUAGCAUGGAUCACUAGAUUAUUCUACAUUUCAGCUCAGAUUAUGGAUGUGGUUGCCAUGACACCCUGACCAGAUGUUGGCAACACUGGACCUUUCAUCUUCUCAGCUCUGUCUCUGUCUCUCUCUGUCUCUGAGAGAGAGAAGAGAGAGAGUAGAGAGAGAGACGAAGAGAGAGAAGAGAGAGAGAGAGAGAGAGAUCGCAUCGAUCUAGCUAGAUCGAUCUAGUAGAUGAGGAUAUAGUAGCUCUCUCUCUCUCUCUCUCUCUCUCUCUCUCUCUCUCUCUCUCUCUCUCUGCUGUCAUGGACAUUCUGUUGUCCUAAAACACCCUCUUCUAUACAGCACAGACAUCAACAGGAGCAGUGGAUAGGGCUGUCUGAACACUUCCAUUUUCAAGUCACUUUCUCCAAACAGAUUUUUCAAUGGUUUGCUUGUCUGACUGUCUGCAAGUGUUUGCUCCCAUCCAAAACCUGAGGAGAUAUAGUUGUAAUCUGAGUUUGGUGGAAUGUUUUUCAGGUUAGUCACACACUAGGGCCUCAAGGGAGGUUAUUUCUGUGUUUUGUAUAUUUCCUUCCAUAAUAAGAUUUUACCCGGAAUGUGAGUCAGAAUAUUUCAUUGUUUGUGUAUUCCUGCAGCCCAAUGUACUAUAGCAGCUCUAUUGUUUUAGGACCUGAGAACAGAGGCUCCCCAGAGGCCUGUAGAAGUGGAGAACAGGUUUAAUCUCAAAGCUACCGGUUGGUAAACCACACACACACGCACGCACGCACACACACACACGCACACACUGGUCUACCUUUUCAUUUAGACUAAAUAGGGUACAAUUCACUGUGGGAAAUGAAUAUAAACCAAAUAAACAAACACAUACUGAAGGUGUGUUUGCAGAUGUGACCGUCUGGCACACGCUGGCACCAGUAUUGAAAAAAACAAACACCACACAUGCUUUUCAUGCCCAAUAUUUCCCUUUUAGUUAUUUACAGUUAUUUGAUUCCUGCAUGGUCUUCCGGUGAGACUAUAUAAACAUACGACUGUGUUGUGUUCCGAUCAGCCCGUUCCGCUCAGACGUCGUCGACGGCAAUGGACAGACACCUGGGACGGACGGCGAGCUGUCAGAAAUGUCACACCUGCCAGUCAGCGUUCCCCGCCGUUCCCUGCUGCUCCCCGCCACUCGCCGCAUCGCUCCGGUGUGUUCUCCCGUUAAUGAGGGAGCGUCCGUUAGAGAAUACCGUUAG